CAAGGGGAUCAUCGGUAAUAUUGCCCGAAGAGUGUGCGAGUUGGCACUAGAAACACGACCGGGCGGACGACCUGGAUCCGGUAUUUCAGCUGCGGAUCCGCCUCGUCUUGGUGGUGAGGGUGAUGAACCUCGCAACGGGAAUCUCGUACCGGUGAUGAGCAGGAGGACCUUGCAUGCGGCGAAUCGUCCGACAGAGCAGACGAGUGCGUGUUGUAGUUUUCUAUCUCAGCAGAGCUCCUGCAGCGACUGCUCGUCGUAAAAUUAGGUUGUUAGUUACCCUUUUCUCUCUUAUAUCUUCCUCUGGUCUGUCUUUUUUCUAGUUAGGUCGGCUCCACCACAAUUUAUUACGAGAUAAUGGCUUUGUGGUGGUGAUGUAGCAAAAGCAAAUGAAGAAAAUAGGAUAUGUUGGAAUUGUAUUUUUGGAGGCUUUGAUUCGUUCUGAUUGAUUCCCUUUUUUGAUUGAUUACAUACUGCCUGAUGUACUUCCAACGCAACACCCGCGCUCAGACAUGCGCUGGCUCCUGAGCACUAGCUUUAGAACUCCUUGCCUGAGUGAACAAGACCACGAAGAAAUUUCCGAAAAAACACUCCACGAAAAACAGCCACUGUGGCCUCCUCGUCCGCGCAGGAUGCCACUUAAUAGUUGCAUAGCACGAAGCACCUCGCAUGAAGUACUUAUGAAAUGAAUUAUCUGAAACUGCACACGACACGAUAAGAACUCCCCCCUACGCCGGUAACUACGCGGAAAGUACGCAGGUAGGGUUUGACUUAUCGGAACUCGCUCGCGAUACAAAAAAAAAAAGAAACUCGCAGUAAUUGAAAUGAAGGCAACAUAAUAAGCUACAGAGAAGUGUACUCGAGAUUGAGUUUGCGAGCAGUUGAAAGAUUUGUAGUAACGCUAAAAACUACCAAAUAUAUUUAUAAGUGACUCCGAAUUCUCGAUCAAGUAAAUCGAUGUAGCAGCUCUUGAUGUUCAUACUUAGUGGAG